AUGGAGUCUGGGAAGUCUGCGAUGUCACUGCACGCGGCGCUGCACGCGGCUCCUCGGAGGAAGCGGCGCGUGCUGUUUGCGCAGGCGCAGACGCAGGCGCUGGAGCGGCGCUUCAAACAGCAGCGGUAUCUGUCUGCCCCGCAGCGCGAGCAGCUGGCGGCUCUGGUCCAACUCACUCCGAACCAGGUCAAGAUCUGGUUCCAGAACCAUCGCUACAAACUCAAGCGCGCGGCAAGAGAUACCAGCACGGACUCUGAGCACGAGAGCAAGAAGACCUGUGCGCAGGCGCAUCAGGAGAGAGAGGAGAACCAGGUGCACCAGGACAUGUGCCCUAGUCCCGCUCUGCAGCCGCACACAGACUCUGAGGCGCACAAUCACGUGAUCGGGGCCAGUCUGUUGUACAGGACCUGGUGA